AUGCCUAACACCACAAAUGACAAAGUGUGCUUGAUUGACACGGCGUCCGAUGGGAAGCUGUGUGUGCAGGGGUCAGCGUUGCAGGUUCUGGAGCAGAUCCAGCAGCCCGUGGUGGUGGUGGCUGUGGUGGGUCUCUAUCGCACCGGGAAGUCCUACCUGAUGAAUCGACUGGCCGGGAAACAAACAGGGUUUGCACUGGGCAGCACAAUCGAGUCCAAGACGAAGGGCAUCUGGAUGUGGUGCGUGCCUCACCCCACUAAAGCAGAAACCACUCUGGUGCUGCUGGACACCGAGGGACUCGGGGACGUGGACAAGGGCGACUCGAAGCAUGACACCAGGAUCUUCUCUCUGGCUGUCCUUCUGAGCAGCACUCUAGUCCUGAACAGUCGAGGAACUAUUGACAACAGGGCUAUAGAGGAACUGCAAUACGUCACUGAGCUAACAGAGUACAUCAAGAUCAAGUCACCUGAUGAAGCUGUAGAUGAUGCAGAGUUUGUCAAGUUCUUCCCCAGUUUCAUCUGGGCCGUGAGGGACUUCACUCUGCAGCUAAACAUCGAUGGGAAAGACACAACAGAGGACGAAUACCUAGAGUUUGCUCUGAAACUAAAACUAGGUAACUCGAGUCAAGUGAACAAUUACAACCUUCCAAGAGAGUGCAUUCGCAAAUACUUCCCAUCUCGGAAAUGUUUCACCUUCCCGUUCCCAACCAAUCCAGACAAUGUCUCUUAUCUGGAGACACUGGACCCAGCUGAGAUUUCAAAACGAUUCUUGGAGGUCACGGGUCGUUUCUGCCAGUUUAUCUUUGACCAGAGCCAAGUGAAAAAUCUGAAAGACGGACACACGGUCACCGGCAGAGUUCUGGGUCAUCUAGUAAAAACAUACGUAGACACCAUCGCCAGUGGAGCUGUGCCGUGUCUGGAGAACGCUGUGAUCUCAAUGGCACUGAUUGAGAAUGAGGCUGCUUUUCAGGAGGGGCUUGAGGUGUACCAGAGUGGAAUGGAGAAGCUGAAGAAGUCCUUCCCUCUGGAACUGAAUGAAAUCACCUCAGAACACCAAUGCUUCAGUCUCAUGGCAACACAGACCUUCAUGAAACGCUCCUUCAGGGACAGUGAUGGGAAGUACUUGACAUCUUUAGAGGAAGCCAUCAAUCAUCAGUUUGACAGCUAUCUCUGGGACAACGAGAAGGCCUCCGAGGCAAAAUGUGAAAGUCUUCUAUCAGUUCUCUCUGAACCAAUGACCGAGCGGAUCAAUCAAGGAUUUUAUGCCACAGCUGGUGGGUACGAUCUCUUCUGCCAGGACCUGGAGGACAUUGUGAAUCAGUACAAUACACUGGCCUAUCAAGAAGUCAAGAUUGCCAAGGUGUUGGAGAAAUUUCUACAGCAGAAGGUUGCAGUCACCACC